GUUACACCUUCGACUAUGUAACUGAAAAUGUCCAGUUUUCAUACAAUGCUGCAGUCAUGGCAGUGGUCACGUGUCUGCUCCUCGUGAUGUGCGCUGUCGUGAUUGUAUGCGUGCUUGUCAAUAACCAACGGAACGCUGGUGACGUCACACGUACAAAACCGAUGAAAGUGAGGCGCCCACGGAAAGGAAUUUUAAAGAAAAAACCCCAGCACGAAGUGAAACCCCCUGAUGAGCAGCCGACACGAACGUGCUGUGGCGCCAUGUUUUGUAGGGGGCAAACAAAGGAACCAGAGCGACCGGAAGCUCCAUUCGGCCUGGACGUGCAGAACCCCAGCAGUUCGGAAGUGACGCUUCUGUGGAACGCCCCGAAUGCUUCCCGAUCCGCCGUGGUGGUGGAAGGCUUCCAGGUGUACCGCCGGCACCAAGGCAAGGACGACUGGAGAAAGGUCGCUAAGGUUGGUGUUGAGAGCCUUGAGUUUCGGAUCACUGGACUGGCCCCGAACCGGAAGUAUAUAUUUGGGGUUGCCUGCCUUAGCAAGGACGCCGAGAGCCGCAUCAUAGAAUCUUCACCCAUCACACUUAAGAAGGAUCCAAUCCGACCGGGCGCCCCUAGCGAACUUGAAAUUGUGUCCAAGACCAGUAACUCUAUCACGCUUAGCUGGAAACCACCCAACAAGGCAGGCUACUCGCGCAUACACACGUACUAUCUUUUGAUGAGGGAACUCGACAAGGGAGUAUCGUGGAAGCUCGUCGCAAAGUUACAAGCAUUUGAUCGGUAUAUGGACUACCGCGUGACGGGCCUCCAUCCCUCCAACCCCUACCGCUUCCGUGUGAACGCCGAAAACGCGGUUGCAAUCGGGCCUAGCGCAGAGACGGUCACGGUAGAAACGGCAGAAAUUGAACCGGAGCGCCCGUCUCCGCCGGAAGGGCCGAUAAAGUUCGCUCGGAUAUCCCACAAAUCCAUUACCCUCUCCUGGCGGCCGCCUCUAGAAGAUGGAGGUAAGCCGAUUACCGGAUAUGCUGUUGAGUUCCGGGAAAAGGAAUCCUCCCGCUGGAAGAAAGCUGGCGUAUCUGAGCCCGACAGGAUGCGGCACACAGUGAACAUGCUUCCGGAAGACGUGUUUUUCUACUUCCGGGUUGUCGCUAUGAAUGACGUUGGCAACAGCGACCCGCUUGUCGGCGGCAAAGUGAAAACGAAACUGCUGGAAAUACCGUUGUCUCGACGCUCAUCCUUCCGGAUUCCAAGUCGGGCGGAGGACACUCGCGAAAGCCGGAAUACCACCGCCCGAAGUCGGCCAUCCCACGUGUCCGGAAAUGACGUUCAUCUUGACCUCCAUCCUGACGAUGACGUCACAGCCCAAUCUCCGUUCGUGCCUCAGAGUGAUUUCUUUAACAUGCACGAUAUUGGGAAUAUUUCCACCAGACAUUCUGAAAAUAAAACACGUCAUUCACAGUAUUCACCAUUACCGAAAAUGCGCGCUAAUUUUACGAAUGGUUAUAUUAUCAGUUCAACAAGAUCAAAUAAUACUCCUCGUAAAAAAACUAAGAAUCUUAACAGACAUGCCAAUGCUGAUUAUGAAGACAUUGACAGGUCAAAAAAUGAAAACGCAACAAACAAUAAACAUGAUGAUUACAAUGACAAAGAUGAUCCUGUUGAUCGGUUUAGCUAUACCACUAACGACCGAGGGGGUCGGGACAUUGGUCGGGACGCUGAUGGAGGCGGUCGGAGCAUUGGUUGGGAAGCUGACGGUAGGGUUCGCGUCGCCGACGGUCCGUUCGACUACCGGCACACGGACGAUGACAUGCGGAACUAUCAGUCACCAGUUCCUCGCCACUCCGGCCACCUCAUAGGAACCAGCCCAAGUGUGCACAGUUCGCAGCAAGACACGGCCCGCUCGUACCGGGCCGGGUACCAGCUACCAAACCCGUCCAACGUUGCCUACAGUCAGGGAAGAUACUGACCUAUGGCUUCGGGCACAGCAGUAUGCCCUUAAUGCAUCACGUCGGAUGAUCAUAUCCCCGUUAACACUUCUUACUUUUAGGAGGAUUGUUUACUUUAGUCAGAGUACAAUUCAUUGUUAAUGCAGUGUUAUGUUGUCUUACGCAAUUCCUAUAUACAAUACAAAUGGUACAUGUAUUACUGUUGUUUUUCUUUAUUAUAAAUCAUAUAGUUCAUGU